AUGUCUCAAGUAUUCACCAACGUUACCGAAUUACCCCCAGAUCCAUUAUUUGGAUUAAAGGCAAGAUACAACCAAGAUACACGUAAGGAUAAAGUUGAUUUGGGUAUUGGUGCUUAUCGUGACAACAACGGUAAACCAUGGAUCUUGCCAGCUGUCCGUCAAGCUGAACAAAAAUUAAUCAACUCACCAGACUAUAAUCAUGAAUACUUGUCAAUUUCCGGAUUUGAGCCAUUUUACACCGGUGCUGCUAAGGUAUUAUUGGGCGAUGCAUCACCAGCCAUCAAGGACCAACGUGUUGUGUCUCAACAAAGUUUAUCAGGAACAGGUGCAUUGCAUUUGGCAGGAUUAUUUUUGAAAAAAUUUUAUUCUGGUGGACCUCAUACCAUUUACUUGUCGCAACCAACUUGGGCUAACCAUAAACAAGUGUUUGACACUUUGGGAUUGACAGUCAGGUCGUAUCCUUACUGGAACAAGGAAACAAAGUCUUUGGAUUUGGAUGGGUUUUUAAGGACUAUUCAAUCAGCUGAACCAGGAUCGAUUUUCCUUUUGCAUGCAUGUGCUCACAACCCAACUGGAUUGGAUCCUAAUUAUGAACAAUGGAACCAAAUCUUGGCUGCAUUGGAGGCCAAGAAACAUUUGAUCAUUUUCGAUUCAGCUUAUCAGGGAUUUGCUUCAGGUGAUUUGGAAAAAGAUGCUUAUCCAAUUCGUAAAGCCAUUAAUGAUUCUGCCAUCAAAUCAACGCCAAUUAUCAUUUGUCAAUCAUUUGCUAAAAAUGUUGGUAUGUACGGUGAAAGAGUUGGUGCUAUCCAUGUCGUGUUGCCAACUAAAGAUGAUCAAUUUGGUAGAGCCGUGAAAUCACAAUUGAACUUGAUUAUUCGUUGUGAAAUUUCAAAUCCUCCCGCAUACGGAUCCAAAAUCGUUGCCACUAUACUUAACGACACAGCAUUAUACUCGCAAUGGAGAAAAGAUUUGACGACGAUGUCAUCGAGAAUCAUCAAAAUGAGAGAUACUUUGAGAACGAAGUUGGAGAAAUUGGGUACUCCAGGUACUUGGAAUCAUAUAACUGAACAAACUGGUAUGUUUUCAUUUACUGGGUUAAGUCCAGAACAAGUUGAAAGAUUAGAGAAGAAACAUGGUGUUUACUUGGUUUCUAGUGGUAGAGCUUCGGUUGCUGGUUUGAAUGAUGGCAAUGUUGAUAAAGUUGCCAAUGCAAUCGACGAAGUGGUGAGAAAUGUUCAACCAAAACUUUAG